UUUGUUUUUUUUUUUAUCCGUGUUUACAAACAACUAAAAGCAUGUGAUUGUUGUUGCGCUUCAGUGUAAAAACCAUAAUUAUAUUUUUUACUCAAAUUCAAACUUUUAAUCUUAUUUAAUAAUUAAUAUAAAUGAGAAUAUUUGCGUACAAUAAAUAUAAAAAUGCCUUUUAAUUUUGAUAAUGUGAGAAUCCAAUUACAUGCCGAGCAUUAUAUGAUGAAUGAUUGUUGGUUAAAAGACUGUGUUGAUUAUUAUACAACAGAAGUAAAUCCACAAGCAGUCCAAGCAGAAAUCGUAAAAUUUGUCAAGGAUCAAUGGAUUUUAAGCGAUUUGCGAGAAAUAAAUAACCAGCGGGGAUGUUUACCAAAAAAUCUUGCUCAGCAAAAAGUCACAUCAUUGCCUGGAGUUUAUAUUUUGCAGGUCGAGAAAGGGUACGACAUAUCAACAUCUAAAUACAAACAACUGGAGAAGAUUCGUAAAGUUUCUAGUGAAAAUAUCGAAGUGACCGAGAACGAAAGAAAUCCUACAUGGGAGCCCAAGACCAAGAGGAUGAUGAAUCUGUACCUGACUGAUGGGAUCCAAGAUGUCACUGCCAUAGAACACAAGCCUAUACCUUUUCUCAAGGAUCACAUUCUGCCGGGAUACAAAAUAAUGAUCAAGGGACCGGUUGUCUGCCGCAGAUCAGUAAUUAUGUUGGAAAGUAACAACUGCUCUCAUGUCGGUGGUGAAAUAGAAGCUCUGUUGAUUAAAAACGCAACUGAAAAUGUCCUAGCACGUGCUCUAAAAGUUGAAGAAAAUCCAGAUCCGUACAACGAUAAGCCAAAAGAUGAUGGUGAUAAUGAACUUAAAUCACUCGACGAGUGCAUGGACAUCGACAUCGACGCACUUGAGGAGAUCGAAAAAAAGUAUGGCAGUAAAAAUGAUGCCAAGCCUUCUUCGACAAGCAAAACUCCAAGCAAUCCGAGCAGCGGAUCCAAAAGAAGAGAGAGUGUCAUGCUGGACAGUCUUCCUGUUGCUUUCGAUACAAUUCCAGAGGUUGAAAAUGAUUUCGCUGAUGAUUUCGACGAUGAGUUCAUCGGAAUUGAUGAAACGAAUUUGAAUGUCGUCGGCAGUAGUGAGACUCCAGCUGCCGAACCAGAAAAUACGAAAAUAAAUUCAGCAAAAAAAGUUGAACGGUUAUCGUCUAUCGAUGAUUUUCCAACUGAUUUAGAUUUCGACGACUUUGAGAUGGAUUAUAUGGAUAUCAAAGAAGAGACGAGCCAUAAAAUCAAAGAGAAUACGUCUGCUAAUGCGAAAAGUAGCACAGUUACUAAUAGUACUAAAAGUAAUGCGACUGUUAAUACCAAAAGUACUUUCAAUUUAAAAUCUUCAAACACUUUUGGUAGUAAAGCCACAGGAAGUAGCGAAACUGCUGUUAAAAUAACUGAUAAAACUCAACCAGUUCCGUUAUUUUCCGGUAGCGUAGUAAGUCGAUCUCCAAUGAAAAAUGAUAAAGUCAGUCCUUCAAAUCAAAAAGUUGCCGUAAGUGUUGAGAAACCGUUUGCUACGCCAUCAAAAAACCCGCCAAAGGCUGCCAGGAAAGAAACGCCCAAGACGAAUCCGAAAAACGAACGAAAAAUCACAAACUUUUUUGAAAAAAAAUUAUCUGAUGAAAAAAAAUCAAGUCCUGCUGCAAUAGAUAACUAUGACUUGAUAAAAGACAUUGAAAAAAUAAUGCCUGUUAGUAAGGAAAUGGAUAAAAAAAUAAAAGGCACCAUCGUGUCGCUUAAGCAGCUUGAGAAAAGGAAUUCUGAUUGGUACUUGGAAGGAGUUGUUUCUGAUAAUACCGGGAGUAUUAGUGUUGCUUUUGCACCUUCGAUUUUGAAAAGACUAAUUGGCUUUAGUCUGUCGGAAUUUUCAGCGAGGAAAAAACUAAAGAAGACAAACCCCGAAGUCGAGAAGGAAUUGAGACAAGGACUACGAGGAGCCGAAUUUAAACUGAGUAAUCUCCAUUCAUUAUUAAGGUGCAAAUUAUUACCCAAUAACCCAGUUCUACAUGUUGAUUCGAUGAUUGAUUUAACUGGAGGUCAAAGGAAAGAACUUUAGUGUUGACUUAAAUUUUCAAAAAUUAUUAUUUAUUUGUUGUAUUAAUUAAUAUUAUUUAAAACAAAAUAUAUUUUGUAAUUUUCUAA